ACAUGGCGACAGAUCUCACGGAUGAGGUGGAGGCAAUGGAAAAAGCGAAUUUAACUUCCCAUCCAGGGUUUAGCAAUGACAAAUAUUCUCUACUUGUCAUAGUCGGAGAGCACAGUCAGACGGGAUUUGUGGAUUUCGUCGUUGCAGAGAUUGACCGAGGUAUCCGUUCGUGGGGUGUGGAUCUGAAGGUGUGUAACCUGGACGAGCAGCUGAAACUCUUCAUCUCCAGACACUCCGCCCUCUCCUCCGACGAGGUCAAAGGCCAGAGGACCCUGCAGCACUGUGGAGAGGUGCUGGACACUCGGGUGCUGGUCAGUCCAUCACAUGCCCUGGUCUCCUCAGAGGUUCGACGGCUGAUCUCGGAUGAUUCCCGCCACAAGCUGCUGGUUCUAGCAGGGCAGUGUGUGGAGCGGACCGGGGACCUGGUGCUUCAGACCGGAAGCUUCUCUCUCGAUGACUUCAUCCAGAUAUUCGCAGACGAAGAGAUCGGUGAGCUCCUGAGCUCUGCAGACCCGACACAUAAAGCCUCGUUGACCUUGAGCUGUCCCAGCACGGGGACGUGGAAGAGCUGCAUGCUGGAGAAGCACAACCUACAGGACUUCAUCCAGAUCAAGGUCAACCCAGCCGACAACACACUGCCUGAGAUGGAGGGCCUGCAGGAGUUCACAGAGUACCUCUCCGAAACGCUGGAGCCACAGUCCCCGUUCGAGCUCCUGGAGCCUCCCAGCACAGUGGGCUUCCUGAAGCUCUCGCGCCCGUGUUGCUACGUGUUCCCCGGCGGGAGAGGCGACUCGGCCUUCUUCGCCGUGAACGGAUUUAACGUUCUGGUGAACGGAGGCUCGGACUCCCGCUCGUGCUUCUGGAAGUUGGUCCGGCACUUGGACCGGGUGGACUCGGUGCUGCUCACCCACAUCGGAGUAGACAACCUGCCCGGGGUGAACAGCCUGCUCCAGAGAAAAGCCGCCGAGCUUGAGGAAGAGCAGAAUGGUGGCUCUCAGCAGAACAACGAGGACUGGGUUAAGAACCUCAUCUCUCCUGAAGUAGGUGUGGUUUUCCUGAACGCUCCGGACAGGCUGAAGACACUCCAGAGCGAUCCCAAAGUGCUCAGAGCGUGUGACCAGGCAGCGCUUGCCUUGCGGCACCUGGAAAAGUUGUCCAUCACUCCUGAGUCUCUCUCUCGCCCCAACGGCCCGACCAUCGAGCCGGUUAUCCUCUUCCAGAAGAUGGGUGUGGGCCGGCUGGAGCUGUACGUGUUAAACCCUGUCAAGGGGAGCAAAGACCUCGAGGCCCUCAUGCAGUCCUGGCCAAACAACGGUGCCAACGUGAAGGGGUCUGAGCUGCCGUUGCCAUGCCUUGUGUCCAUCUGUGCGCUUCUGGUGUGGCAUCCUGCCAGCCCCCUGGAGAAGAUCAUUCGGGUCCUGUUCCCCGGGUGCACACCCCAGAGCAAAAUCCUGGAAGGGUUCGAGAAGCUGAAGCACCUGGACUUCCUCAAACACCCCGUCGUGAGUCUGAAGGACCUUGAAACGGCCAAGUCAGACAAGCAGCCAAAGCGAGCUGAAAGCAAAGAAAGCCUCAAGUCCCUGCCCAGGGAAACGAGACCCGCAAGUGCCUCUACUGCAAAGGACAAAUUAGCACGUAGUGACGCGGUGAAAAAGCCGGACGCCAAGGCCAAAAGCAAACCCGCAGGUGAAACGUCACCGAAGGAUGGGAAAGAAGAUGACAAAACGAAGCCAAAAGACAGCGACUCGAAAUUGAAGCAGCCCAAAGUAGAAAAGUCUCUGUUGAAGAAGGAGCCUGUGAAAGACGACAAGAAAGAAGUGCGCAAGAAAGAAGAUAAGCCAAUGACAACCAUUGCCAAGAAAGAGGAGAGCGUGGAGAAGAAGAAAGAGGUGGUCAAGAAGGAUCUUAGUUUGAAACCAAAGAAAGACUUGAAACCUGAAGUAAAGAAGGAAGUGAAGAAGGAGGUCAAGCCAGAAGUUAAGAAAGAAGUCAAACCAGAAGACAAGAAGCCAGUCAAAGCCACAAGUAAGGACAUCAAAAAGGUCUCCUCGGGUGCAACUGCUGCACCUGCCGACACCAAGAAAACUGCCGUCAAGAACGGAACACUGAAAAAGGACCCCAGUGCUCUGAAGAAAGACUUGGCAAGCAAGGGGGCCAAGACGAAGGUGGAAAAGAAAGAUCCGGCGGCACCCUCUAAGGCACCCGCAUCCUCAGAAGGUGAUCGCUCCAAAAUGUCCACUCCUGAAGACAUGACCGAAGAGUUUGAGAAGUUGAAAUUGGAAAAUGAGCAAAGUUCAGGGAACACUUCGACGACAAGGAAGGAAGGCAAGGGGCCAAGUAAAGUGAACGGUGUUGGGGCAGGCGGCCAUGGUGCAGAUAGAGGCAUGGACUCACUGCCCCCUCCUGGCCAAGGUGUGGAUCCCUCCUCACCUCUGGAAAAGACCCCGAAGAGCGAACGCAGCGUCAACUUUGACCUGACGCCGACGAGGAACGGCCCCGAGGACGGUUGUUUAAGCUCAGAGGAGAAAACACUGGAGAUGGUGUCCCCGCCGGGCUCGGGACAGAACAGCGCCGGACACACGCCUUUCCACCAGUCGCCUGAAGAUGACGAAGGCCACAACUCCGGUGAGGACAGCAGUCUGGGCGGCAAGGUGGCCAGCCUCAGCCUGGAGGACAGCCACGUCCUGGGCUCCAAGACGUCCGACGCCGGGUGCUCGCGGAGCAACCUGGAGAACAACUCCACCUCCUCGCAGGACAAGCAGUCCACAAGCUUCCUGUCGCUCAGCUCCUUCAACAUGAUGGCCGACAGCGGGCCCUCCUUCACCUCCCUGCCUGCGGAGGUCGGCUCGCCGCAUUCCACGGAGGUGGACGACUCGCUGUCCAUCUCGUUCGAGCAGGGCUACCCGCUGGCCUGUGAUUCCCCCAGAUCGGACACGGGGGACAGGACGUUUUCCAACGGCCACCUGGCGGCGGACACGGAAAGCGGGAAAGGGGGCAUGUCGCUGCCCCUGAAGGCUUGCCAUAACAGCAUGCGCGCUGCAACGGGAGACGGGUCUGAUGACCGCGCGCCUGGCGUCCAGGGGCUGAUUCUAGACAUCCCUCCUCACGACGUAGACCUGUGCCUGGUCUCGCCCUGCGAGUUCCAGCACCACAAGUCACCCGAGGGCCAGGUGGUGCAGGGCCUGACGCCCGGUCACCCCGACAUCUCGGAGGAGGAGAGCGACCUGUCGCAGGAGCUGGCUAAGCCCUUAUGCUGCAAUAACAACCUCGAGCAGCUCCCUCCUCAUAGCAGCCAGGACAAGGACAAGGACACUCCCCCGACCUCCGUCAGCGAGUCCCUCCCCACGGCCACCGACUCGGACGUCCCGCCGGCUACCGGGGAUUGUCCCUCCAUCAGCGAGGACGGCGCGCUCGACUCAGACGAGGACGAGGAGUCCGGUGACAUCUUCCCUCCCCAGCAGCCACACGAUCACCACCACCACCACCACCACCCCUCCCAGCAGCACAAGAGCCAGCUGUCCUCCCCAGACCCCCCUCCCGCCCCCAUGAAGGACCUGCCGCCCCUGCCCCCGCAGCCUGGCACGUGCAUGGCCGACCCAGACGCAGACGCUGCCCAGGCCAGGAAGAGCACCGCUGCAGCCGCUGCCAAAGCAAAGAAGCCCGCUAGCGCCACCCAGAGGCUGUCGAUGAACAGCACUGCGACGGCAGCUGCUGGCAAAGCCAAGGGCAGCUUGGGGACAGGGGGUAGUGGGACGCUGAAGGCCACCUCUAAUCUGGACACCAGGCCCGCGUCACGUGGCAGCACUGUGGGAGGGUCACGCCCGUCCACCGCAAAGCCAUCCACCACAGGCUCUGCGGGUGUGAAGUCAUCGUCUGCGGGUCCCGUAUACCUGGAGCUGGCCUACCUGCCGUCGGGGCCGGCCGCCUCCUCGGUGGACGUGGAGCUCUUCCGACGCCUGCGCUCUUCCUGCUACAUCGUCAGCGGCGACGACCCCCUCAAGGAGAGCGUCAUGAGGAGCACACUAGACGCCCUGUUGGAGGGCAAGGCAGCAUGGCCCGAUGUACAGGUGACUCUGAUCCCGACGUUCGACUCGCUGGCGAUGCACGACUGGUACCAGGAGACGCACGAGCGUCAGCGGGAGAUGGGCGUGACCGUGCUGGGCAGCAACAGCACCGUGGCCAUGCAGGACGAGACCUUCCCAGCAUGCAAAGUGGAGUUCUGAGUUCUGAGCUGCCGCGUCAUCGCCGUCUUGGAGUGUCAAUGGUUAUUUUUUGUUGUUUUGAUUCAUUUUUAUGUUUUUUUGAAAAAAAAAGACAACAAUGAAAUGGUCCUAAGUCCCUUGCACUCCAUGUAUCAUGUCCUUCCACGUGUGCCGCGUCGUGAGCACCUCCACACAUCCCCCCUGUGUAGAGGACUGGAGAUCGGAUCGGAUGCAGUCAGGGGGUCCUCUUUCCUCUUUCAGGGGGUCCUCAGACUUUAUAUAAACACAAUAGCUGCUCCUGGUGGUGGAUAGUGAAACGCCAAGUUGCCCCCAUUACAGAAGGUUGAUAUGCUGCUCAGAAGAUGAAGAAGACACAGAAGACGGAAGGAGGGAGAAAAGAAGAAGAAAUAUCAUGUCGGGAAGCUGGAGCAGCGAGGGGGAGAGUACAAAUCAUGAUGCUACACGCACACAUGCACACGCACACGCACACACACACACACACACACACACGUUAUAUAUUGGCUGAGUUGGUCAGAUGAUUUCAGCCUGGGUGGUUAGCGUACAGCGUACAGUAGGCGUUUAAAAAGCAGUGUUUGUUAUUAGACCUGAUAACGAGUUAUCACAGUGAAACAUGUGAGUAUUUCCUGUAUGUAUUUCAAUCUAGAAGAGUCCACUCCACAUUUCUGUCCGUUUUCCCCUCGGUCUCCAACUCUGACAAGUCUCUUGUUCUGGUCUUGUGUGGAUUAAGAUAAAAAAAAGACACAUAUUGUGAAUCUUCAGUACAGGGACAGAAGAGAAGGAGGAGGAGGAGUGGAGGAUUUGGAAACAGGGGAGCAGCACUUACUAAAGCAUUAAGGUGUGUGUGUGUGUGCAUGCGUGCGUGCGUGCGUGCAUUUGUGUAUGCGCUUCCCUCCCUUUAGAUUCUCACUUGCACAGUUGGUGGACGCUAGAGUUGCUCGAGCUUUAUCACAGGGCUUCGUUUUAUAUGCAUGUUUAAAAUGGACACGUGUCGUCAAAAAAUAACCCUCAGCUUGUGGCCAAGGACUUCUUUUUUGAAGUGUACAACUUUGUGUGUGCACUGCACAGAUGAAUUGGACCAGCUUUUUUUAUUUCAUUUACGAGAUGAUGUUAUUGUUUACAUGUAGAAUAGCUGACCAAUGCAGGCGUGUUGCAAAGCCGAUUUCCGAGUACCACAUGUCCUUUUCAGGUUACACCUGUCACCUGAGGGGUAUACUAAGACGAUUUUCUUAACAAAAUGAGGACGCCAGGCUCUUCUAUUAGAUGAUUUACCUCUUCACUUAACCUGGUUUACUCCUGAACCAGCUUCUUAGUAUAGGCCCCUGAAUUCUAGAAUGGUCCGUUUGGCUCUGGAUGAGCCCUAUAUCAGAGAGGUGAUGACUGUUAACUAGGUCUGUAACGAUACACUCCACUCGCAAUCCGGUUCGUAAGACAAUUUUUGACCUACGGUUCGAUGCACCCCUGGAUUUUCCCCUGGAAAUAUCUUUUUUAAUUCAUUUGUUUUUUUGUUUUUUUUUCACAUUUACCAACAUUAUAAAAUAAAAUAAAAAGUAUGAUAGUGACGUAUGAUAGUUCUCGGUUUGAUACAAUAUCGUUACAGCCCUACUGCUAACACAGAUAUCUAACACUACAUACCUUUGGUCACUGCUGUUCUUUGGAAGGUGGGUUUUUUAAGUAAUGUGCAUUGUGUACUAAAUACAGUAAAGUAGAAUUUGGUUGCACUGGGAGCAAAACAGUAAGUGGAACCGUGGGGAGGUAAGUGGAACCGUAGGGAAAUGUAUGAUUUGGUUUGGUGCAGUGUGCACUGGUCGCUUUGAUUGGGAAAGAAAUAGUGCCUAUUAUUAAUGAUUAUUGCACACGGUAGGGGACCAGUAUGUAGAAAAUGUCACCAAUCACAUUUGAUGUUCAUGGAAUGUAAAUUACCAUACAUUUUUUUUGGCCUUGGUAAGGUGUGCGUGCAUGCGUCUGCGUGCGUGCGUGCGUGCGUACGUGUGUG